AUGGUUAUUAGUCAUCCUCUGGCAGUACAAGAGAACAGUUAUCGACGCAGUACGUUUGAAAAUACUACAAAGAAGAUUUGUGCCAUUUAUGGGGACCAGUCUAUAACUGUUCAAACAGUCCGUAAUUGGUUUAGAAGGUUUAGAGCCGGAAAUUUUAACCUUAAAGAUAAAGAUCGCAGCUGCCGUCCAUCCACCACUGAUACUGACCUUAUCAAGGCCUACCUCGAUGAAAACCCAAGAUCUAGUGUUCGUGAGAUAGCAAAUGCUUCAAACAUCUCGCGAACAACGGUUCAUGAACAUUUGACAAAGCUUGGAUACGUUAAACGCUACGAAGUGUGGGUCCCUCAUCAACUGACGGAAAGCAAUCUUCUGAACCGAAUCUCAACAUGCGAUUUACUCAUCCAACGUGACAAAAGAGAGCCGUUUUUGAAAAGUUUGAUUACUGGGGAUGAAACCUUGAUCCUUUACGACAACACUGCACGCAAACGAUCUUGGUCGAGUCGAAAUAAGAGUUCUUUAACGGUAGCAAAUGCUGGACUUCACCCGAAGAAAAUAUUGUUUUCAAUUUGGUGGGACUGGAAGGGUGUUCUUUACUACGAGUUACUUCCGCAAGGGCAAACGAUUAACAGUGAGAAAUAUUGCACCCAACUCGAAAAACUGAAAGAGGCUAUCAUUGCAAAACGUCCAGAAUUGGUGACUAGACGUGGCGUCGUGUUCCACCACGACAACGCGACGCCACACGUUUCUUUACCCGUGCAAACAAAACUUUUAGAACUUGAUUGGGAUGUUCUACCGCAUCCUCCAUAAUCUCCAAACCUUGUACCAUCGGACUAUUAUUUGUUCCUUUCCCUCAAAAAUUUUCUUCGCAAUAGAAAAUUCACAUCAGUUAAUGAAAUAAAAAACGGCCUCGAAGAAUAUUUUAACAGUAAGCCAAGGGAAUUUUGGAAAAGCGGUAUUAUGAGGCUUCCGGAGCGAUGGCAAAAGGUGGUAGAACAGAACGGAUCAUAUAUUAUUCAAGAAUAGUACACAGAACCCAAAAUAUUUUAUACUUAAUACCUGUUAAAAAAACGAAAAGAACUUUCCGGACAACCUAAUAUUUAUUGUAGAAUAUCGUCUGCUAAACCGCAUUACGUAAGAUUUAGAAAUAAACCUCGAAUUAAAGAACAAUGAUCCUGACGCCAAUUUUCAACGGUAAAUAAAAACUCCUAAAAACGAUGUUUAAUUUUGCAUCAACCCAAUUCAUAUGAUUGACGCAGCGCAUUGGACAGAUGUGUAGCGGAGGUUAUAGGAUUAGACAAUAAAAAACGGCGCAUGUACUUUUUAGGUUAUGUUUAAUGUUGCACGAAUAGUUGCAUACAUGGUACCGAACGCUAUUUAACUGCUAUCUAUACUAAAAACUAAAACAAAAGAUGGUGUGCACGUUUGCCAACGAGGGGAAAAGAAAUAUUUCCAACAUGUGCAUGUUUGCCAACAUGAGAAUGAGAAACAUUUCCAACAAAAUGUGGUGUAAAUUGUAUUUGAUCCAACAUCCACGCAAGCGAAUUCGUGGGAAAAUGCUAUUAUAACGUACAUACAAGUAAUCCAGAUAGUGUAUAAAUAUUCGAUAACAAAAUUCUUUAGUGACCUAUUGCGUGUAUCAUGUAACCGUGAUUUGGUAUUGUUCUACUCGCUUUUCUACUUGAUGAUUAGCGGAAAUAAUUCAAGGCGAAGUUUUUCCUCUUACUUUCCCCAUUUGCGUAAGCCGUCCAUUAUUUGAGCCGUGCAUACCGUCAAAUCUGCUAAAGUGCGGCUACAAUUUUUCUAACGGUUGCUGCAUCUGACAGUUUUUAGCACCUUAUUGAAAGGCGCGAUGAAUUUCGUUUUCUGCGCCUGUUUUCGAUAGUCAAACACAGCGUAUAUUUAA